UUAAACAAUAAGCUGUUCUGUUCUUGUGGUUGAGGUAGAUUAGGAUUAAAGAUUAAAACUUUAAGAACAGUAUCAAAUCAACACAAUUACAAAAAAAAAAAAGGGUUCUUCUGUUCUGUGCUGUGCUGUUCCGUUCUGCCAUUUGAUGUAAGCAUCGUUUUCUUAAACCCCACCAAACCACCGAGUGACCGAGUCAAGACUCAGCUCAAAUGACUGAAAACUCCCAUCACCAUAGUCGCUCCCAGGUCCCAACACCACCACCACUCGACAACCCUUCUUCCAUUUCAGCUCUCCACCAACAACUUCGAGCUGAAACCGCUCAUGGGUCAUCCUCCUAUCCUUCUCCCACCGCCACCUACGACCAAAUCAUUCAAAGCCCCAACCUUUUCUUGGAGAAGCUCACUGAUUUUCACACUUCCUUUGGUACCAAGUUCAUGAUUCCCACCGUAGGAGGAAAGGCUCUUGAUCUACUCCUCCUUUUUGUAGAAGUGACAAGCCGUGGUGGUCUUGAAAAGGUUAUUAUGGAUCGAAAAUGGAAGGAAGUGGUAAUGGUGUUUAAUUUCCCAGCAACAAUAACCAGUGCUUCAUAUGUGUUGAGGAAAUACUACAUAUCCCUGCUUUAUCACUUUGAGCAGGUGUAUUAUUUCCAUAAACAAGCCCCUUCGAUCACAACGAGUGAUCCUGCAAGCAGGAAUCUUGCCAAUGAAUUUGGAACCCCUGAUGAAGAUACUACUAGAAACCAGUUACCAGGCGGUCAGGAGAACCUGGAAUUGCAGCUUGGUUGCUCAGUCACUGGAGCCAUUGAUGGAAAAUUCGACAACGGAUAUCUGGUUACAGUUAACUUGGGUUCAGAGCAGCUGAACGGUGUCUUAUAUCACGUCCCUCUCCACGCAGCUCAAAGUUCUUAUUCUUCAGACGUUCAUCAUCACCGAAACAGAAAGAAAUCCAAGUUGGCAUCACGAGACCCCUCUCGGCCCAAGUCAAACAGGAGUGGCUACAACUUCUUCUUUGCCGAGCAUUACACUAGGCUUAAGCCUACCUACUUCGGGCAAGAGAAAGCGAUCAGCAAGAAGAUUGGGGCUAUGUGGAAUAAUCUGACAGAAGCAGAAAAACAAGUUUAUCAGGAGAAAGGGGCAAGGGACAAGGAGAGAUACAAGAAUGAAAUGCUCGAAUACAAAUCCUCGACACCCCAAUAGGCGAUCGAGUCGAGUUCGUAGUGAUGAUAGAAAUUAGAGAGUAGUAGACAGUAGACAGUAGACACCACCUCUUUAGGACAGGACACCAUUGGUGUUGGUAGUAUGUAUGUUUGUUGAAGCUGUUUUUGAAGGUUUCAGUUGUUUUUUUUUCAGUCGCAGUUUCUUAUGUCAACUGAUGAGUUUGUUUAUUUGUAACUGUUAGGCUUACUGAUGUUUACUUGAACAACAACAACAAAAAAUGAAGUUUUUUGAUGCAAAGGAAUUCUCAUUUUCUGAUUUCAGAUAGGAAUAGGAUUCUGUAUAGAACUCUCUCUUGGGGAUUUUGAAUUGAAAGAUUUGAAAUGAAUGAGAUGAUUAUGUGCAAA